UUUAAGCUGGUAUUGCCAUAAUCGCAAAGAAAGAAAAUGGAAGAGGGAAAGAAGGAGAAGAAGAAGGUAAUGGUGGCAGUAGAUGACAGCGAGUUUAGCCACUACGCUCUCGAAUGGGCCCUUGAUUUUUUAAAAGACGACAUAGCCAACUCUGAUCUUGUCAUCUUCACUGCUCAGUCCAAUUCUAACUUCGGCUAUGUUUAUGCUUCCUCUUUUGGUUCUGCUCCUCCGGAUUUGAUUGCAUCUAUACAAGAAAAUCAACACAAGGUUGCAUUAGCUCUCCUGGAGAAAGCCAAAAGCAUCUGUGCCAACCAUGGGAUUGUUGCAGAGAUAUUGACAGAGAUUGGAGAUCCCAAAGAGGCUAUAUGUGAGGCAGUAGAAAAGCACAACGUCCAACUUCUUGUAUUAGGCAGUCAUAGCCGGGGUGCUAUACAGAGGGCUUUCCUUGGAAGUGUCAGCAACUACUGUAUUCACAAUGCCAAGUGCCCUGUUCUUGUUGUGAAGAAGCCAGCUUAAGAACAUUGCUAAAUUAUGGUUCCCAGAAGACCAGUAAGUUCAAAUUUUAUAUCUGGUAUUACCAAAUUGUGUUGUGUGCGCUAAUUAAGAAGGGAUUGCUGAAGAUAUGUUGGUUGAUGUGGUUGAGAUUCAGGUUUUCUCAAACUCUGUAAUUUAUCAAAUAUGAAAUAAAAUGCAGUUCGGUUCAUUUUC